AUGGCGACGCCAAUCUCUCCAUCCGAACAGACGGCCACCGCCAAGGCACGGCGCGUGCUGGCGUGCGUGCUGUGUCAGCAACGCAAGAUCAAGUGCGAUCGUACAUUCCCCUGCGCCAACUGUAUACGCGCCGGUGAGCAGUGCAAGCAAGCAAUCCGCCAGCGACGUCGGAGGUUUCCUGAGCGGGAGCUGUUGGUACGCCUACGACACUAUGAGAGCCUGCUUCGGAAGCAUAACAUCAAGUUCGAUCCUCUCCACACGCCUGCUACAGACUAUAAGUCUCCCAGUGAGGAUGAGCGAGACGAAAUCACAGACAGUGCUCAAUUUCAACGUGCACUUUCUGAUACGGAUUCCCGCCUGUCAAAAGAAAAGGCAGCAGGAAAAUCCAAAUCUUCGGAUCUUUGGCAUGCCAUGAGUCAAAAGACAGAAGACCCCGAGGGCGGCGAGGGAAAUGAUGGCGAAGACGACGAAAAUGACAUCGGAUUUCUGCGCGACAACGAUCACAUGCGCCAGGCCGUGAUCAAGAAGGCAUGGAACCAUAUGUUUCAAGGCAAAAGCAAUGACCACCUUUUAUUCGGUUCACCGGUAGGGGAUGUCGACGACCUUUCUGCUUCGCAUCCGACCCAGGUACAGAUCUUCAGGCUCUGGCAGAUCUACUUGGACAACGUCAAUCCUCUUCUGAAGGUCACGCAUACACCUACCCUUCAAACACGUAUCAUUGAUGCUGUGGGCGAUAUCGCUAAUGUCAAUCCCACAUUGGAAGCAUUGAUGUUCAGUAUCUACUGUGUAUCCAUUCUGAGUCUCACAGAGGAUCAAUGCAGUGCCUUGUUCGGAUUCCCAAAAAAGGAUCUCUUGACAGGCUAUCAGUCCGCAUGCCAGCAUUCCCUACGGAGUUGUGGUAUUCUACGCUCCAGUGACCGGGAGUGUUUGACCGCAUUGUAUCUGUACCUAGUGUCGAUCAGACCCGAUACGGACCCUGCCUCUCUCUCAUCAAUGCUCGGCGUUGCUAUCCGAAUAGCGCAGCGGAUAGGUAUCCACAACGAGUCAAUGUACGGGAAAUGUUCCGCUUUAGAGGCGGAGUUGCGUCGAAGGUUAUGGUGGUCGCUCAUAAUCUUUGACAAUCGCAUCUGCGAAAUGUCCGAUUAUAAGACCGCGUCGCUGGCUCCUACUUGGGACUGCCGGGUUCCUCUCAAUGUGAGUGAUUUUGAGCUUCAACCAGAUAUCAAAGCCCCACCCGCAGCAAACAAUAGACCCACAGAGAUGCUGUUCGCUGUUGUGCGCAGCGAGCUCGCCAACUUUGUCCGUCACAGCGCCUUUCACCUCGAUUUCACCAAUCCGUUUUUGAACACGAUUGCUCCUCGAUCCACCGCUAUAGACGAGGCGGAGCGGCUUGUGGCGCUGGAGAAGACAAUGGAGGAUAACUACUUGGCAAUGUGCAAUCCCGAAAACCCACUACACUUCAUGACGAUCUGGACAACGCGGGGAUACCUGGCCAAAAAUCGUCUGUUGCAACACUACUCUAAAUACUCGGCGGCCUCUGUGAAGCAGACAGAUACACAGCGCACCGUCGGCAUCUCUCACGCGCUGCGAAUGCUGGAGUGCGACUCCAACCUCAUGAAGUCGCCUAUCAUAAAAGGAUACCUGUGGCUUGUUGACUUCCACUUCCCCUUCCCCGCAUAUAUUCACCUCCUGCAGGAUUUGAAGCAGAGGCCCGCGGAAGGGAACGCAGACCAGGCGUGGGAGGUGAUGAGCAAGAACUACGAGGCCCGCAUCAUGAAUGCAAAGGAAGAUGACCGCCCCUUCUUUAUUGUAUUCUCUCGGAUUGUUUUGCAGGCUUGGGAGUCGCGUGAACAGGUAGCCAGGCGACAGGAGAUACCCCUGGUGCCGCCACUAAUUGUGUCCGACAUCCGAAAAAGGGUGACGAAGAUGGUGUCGAAUUUUGGACAGGAUGCGCACACCGUGCAGCCUGGUGGUGCCUCUGGUGUCAAUACCAAUGUGGAUAACCUAUCAACGCCUAUGCAGAUGGAUUUAAAUGUAUCCGGGAUUGCGUAUGGCGCUAGAGGAGAGGUGUCCACGAGCUCGGGACAAUGGGUAUAUCCUGAGAUGUCAGGGCCGAGCUCCAUUGACGUGGAUGCGAGUCAGUUUCCUUGGGACACGAUGGACUGGAAUAUGUUGUAUGCACGAAUGGAUUGA